ACAUGAUCUUGAUGGUAGUUCUCUUGCAAUUUAACUAUUGUUUAGAAAGUUUACUGUUUUCGAAGUUUUAUUCUUUUUAUUAAAGGAUUGUUAAUUGUCCUUGUAAAGAAAGUGAAAACCUAUUGAAAAAAAAGGUUUUUCCUGACAUCAAAGUUUAUCAAGAUUGUGUAUACAGAAUCUCAUUAGAGCAGUGGACAUGAAUCCUGUUCCUGAUGAACCUGCUAAUAAUGUCCUGGAUGAUGAGUUUUCCAGCGAAGAUUCAGAUUUUGAGGACGAGAAUGAUGAAAAUGACGAUGUUCCUGAUAAUCCCGAGAAGCAAAUUAUUGGAGAAUAUCUUUUGUAUUUGAGAAGUAGUACUCGAGCAACAAAUAAAGACGUGAUCAACAUUUUAGGAAAGAUGCAGGAAGUGGUACGAUGGUACCUUAAUCAUUACAUAAAUAACAUCUCAAAUACACUUCAAGAGAGGCAUAAUUUGCGUCUAAACGAUUAUCUAAAUAUCGAUGAAAUUGUGAAUAACAUUGAUUGCAGUCAAGGACUUCGCAGUAUUCAUAAUCAAGAUGUAUAUUUUAAACAAAAAUUCAGUUACGUGGUACCUCAAAGAAUUGAAUUAGGUGAAAAUUUUGUUCCUUACGGCACAGCAACAGUUUAUGGAAAUCAACCAGUAAAGAGGAAGAAGGAUGAAUUUAUUCACAUUCCUAUUAGUGAAGUUUUAAUCCGAUGGUUGCAGAACGGUUCAUUUGGAAAUGUUUUAUUUCAUCCAAGACCACGUAAUGAUGGCAUCUUAGAAACUUACAUGGAUGGAAACUAUUUCCAAAAUCAUUCCUUUAAGAGACGAAAACCAGAAUGUAAAUUUAUAAAACUUUAUUAUGACGAAUGUGACAUGUGCGAUGCCGUAGGUUCCAAAUCAUCUUCCAUAAACAAAUUAGGUAUGUUUUAUUGGAUGGACGAUGAUAUAUCUCCUCAAUAUAAAUCACAGUUGAAAUUCAUUAAUCUUUGUGGUAUUGUAUCUAAUCCUCACAUAAAUGUGUAUGGAAUGAACAAUAUUUUGCAGUACAUUGUUGCGGACUUUAGGACGAUUCAAAAUGGUAUUCUUUUACCGAAUGGUGAGGAAGUUUGCGGAACACUAUCAGUAUUGAUUGGUGAUAAUCUGGCUGUUCAUCAAAUGUGUGGUUUCCGGGAAUCAUUUAGUGCACUUCAUCCUUGCAGAGUGUGCAAAGUAACUAUGACUAAUGUAAAAACUAUGUGCAGAGAAGAUCCGACUCAGCUUCGUUCACCAGAGGAACAUGAGCGUCAAGUUCUGGAAAUUGAAGCAGCUGUCGGAGAGCAAGCAAAAGCAGCUUUAAGAACGCAGUAUGGCAUCAAUAGAAGAAGCGUGCUUAACGAAAUUUAAGACUUUGAUGGUACGCAAUCAACACCGCCUGAUUUGACACAUGACGAUUUCUUGGGAUGUUGCGUUAUAACAACAAAACUGUUUAUAAAAAAAAUUUGUUGUGAUUUACAUUUAAUGACGCUUGAACUACUGAACAGGAGAAUUCGAAAUUUCGAUUACGGUUAUACAGAGAAAACUUCAAAACCUUCACCUAUUACUGAGAGACAAUUGUUAGAUGCACAACAAGGAUUGAAACAGACGGCGUCACAAAUGGCACAAUUAGUCACAAUGCUUCCACUAAUUGUUUCAGAUGUGGUUAUUGAAGGGUGGCCACCGUUGCACAAUUAUUUGAAAAUGCUUGAAGUCAUAUUAAUAUCGCACGCUGAUAAAAUAGAAAAUUCUAUUUUGGGUUAUUUGGAAAGUUGCAUAUCAGAGUACCUUGAAACUUUUCAAACUGCUUACGAAAGAGAUUUAAUUCCGAAGCAGCACUCUUUGGUACACCGAAUUCGAGCGAUUCGAAAAUUUGGACCUUUACAGCAGUAUACCACAAUGCGAUCGGAAUCUAAGCACCAAUAUUUCAAAAGAAUUGCUCAAUGUUUGCGAACUUAUAAAAAUCUACCAGUGACUCUAGCGAAAAAACAUCAGCUGAAUCAGGCAUAUAUAUUAGAAGGAAAUUUAGAACGAGAUAUCACUGUAGGACCAAUGAAAUGGGUUCCUAUCGAUGUUCUUCCGUUUAGGGAGCUAUUUGCAAAUGUAAGACGCUUGCAGAUUGCUAAUUGGGUGGAAAUAAACGGAAAAAAGUAUGUUUCUCGAAAGUGUUUCUUAGCUGUAGGUUACAGUGACCAGAAUAUACCUGAGUUUGCAGCUUUGCAUGCUGUCGUUUGGAGGAAUGAUGGUCCAGUAUUUGUUUGCCGAAAAGUAACAACUGUUGAGCACAAUAUGUUAUUAAUGGCGUACGAGAUCAACAUAAAUGAAGAUUUUAUGUGCUUAUCGAUUAACGAUUUGCUGACACCUGACGUUUUCUAUGGACAUCGAUGGAAUGAUAGUCAGUUCAUAAUAUUGAAAAAAGCGCUAGGGAAUUUACACUGACCACCGAAAAAGUUUAUUCAGAUAAGUUGUCAAUCAUAAAAAAAUUCUAAGAACAUUUUGAAUAACUUAAAUUGCGCUCAAACUCGCAACCAUGCCAAAAUUAAAUACUUUAAUUUUGUUACAUAUAUAUUUUUUUAUUUUUAAUAAAUUAUAUUUAUUUCAAAGCUUUACACUUCCAUAUUUUUUCGACAUUAUACAUCAUAGGACAUUAAAGAGUUACUGUAACACCAUCUUCUAGUUUGAAUUUAUGCAAGCGAUUAUUCCUUUCUAUGUUCAUUCUUAUACUGAAAAAAAAUACUCUCACUGUUAGAGGAAUCUGCUUAUUUCACAGCAAUUUUUCCUCUUAUAUAUGGGCACUAAAUUAUUCUUGUAUAAUUGAGAGGAUUUUCCUUUUUUACAGUGUACAAUUACAGAGGAAUAUUCUAAGAUAAAGAGCAAUAUUCAUCUCGUA